CAAACCUCCCACGUGCCCGUUGUACAUCGCGUUGCAGACGCACGGCGCGCAGAUUUGAGCGCGAAAAUGUUUGCCGAGCCGCUCACGUGGGGAUUUGGACCGACAGUGUUUUGGACGAAUUCGUCGAAUACAGCUGCUUCGGUGAUGGACUCGUCAACACGCGGUCCAAGUGUACUAUCGGCAGUACCCCCUUCGCACAAUUCUGUAUCAACAAAGACGACAGAUUUAUCGCUUGACCUGUCUCACUGGGAGUUCGGUGCAGGGCACGGUGCCGGUUUGCAAUUGAUUUGCAACAACAAUGCCGGCGAGAGUGCGGUGGUAAUCUCCACUGGUGGAGGCAGCGGCGGGGGUGUCGAAAACGCAACGCACGGUGGUGGUGGCGGAGGAGGCGUGCAAGUGUUUCUACCAUUGAAUGUUACAACACUUAGCGGCAGUAAUGGCGGGAAUGUGAAGGCAACUAUACUAGGCGGGAAAAGUGGCCCUGGCCUUCUCUCCUCGAAGCGCUGGCUGAAAUUCUCCACGGGAGGCGGCGGUGGCUGCGGCACCGUAUCGAAGAGCGAUUUUGCGAAGUUGACGACCGCGCAGACCCUGGCAAAAGUGAACAAAACCGCGGAUGCUGAGCUGAACAUCGAACGGAAACGAUUUGCAGACUUCGUGGCCUCGCAAGAAGUCGCACAAGAACCAGGGAGCGUCUCAGAUCAAGCUGAUGAAGCAGGAUUUUACGAACAAGCGAUCCAAGUGAACAAAACGAUUUCGUGCGGCAUGCGGCCUGACCACCACGUGUCCGGGCAGGCACCACCGACAGAGCUGAUUCAGCAGUUUUUGGCGCAAGAGUGCACUUCGCUGUACAUUCAUGGUGGCGGGGGAGGUGGGGGCGGCGGGGUGGUCCCACUGUCCGGGGAACACGAUGCGAUGUCGAAAGUACCUGCCACGAUAGCCAAGAACCCCGUCUCGCUUUUCCGGCUUGGAUACGGAUUUUUCUUCUACGCAGACGUGUCUGGACGCAGCAAGAAACCCAAAAUCGGCGACGUAGGCCUACAAUCUAACGGCAAGGUGACAAAAGGCCGCGAGGAAGAACAUGUUGACAGGCGUCAGCACCUUGUUGAGAUGCAAAAUGUUCUACCGCACCAGUCGGAGCAGCUUUUCCAGGAUUUCGACUACUCACCGGACGCAUGGAAAACUGUGCUGACGCCGGCGGAGUUUCAAGAGCUGGAAAAACACGUAAAGCCAAAGAGUGGAAGUCACACCGAGGUCCCAUCCAUUGCGGAGAUGAAGAAACACCCGAAGUACUGGUGGCACUACCUGCCGCCGCAGGCUCUGGAAUCCAUGUUGCAGCGCAAACAACUGGAGGCUGCCGAUGCCUGGAAGUACAUUUCCGUUGCGCAGCCAUCAGAAAGUCUCGCGCCACUAGCAGUCAACGAGGGCUUGCUGUUCACGAACGACACUGCUGCAUGGACCUACUUGGAUCAUCUGCGAAGGAGCGCCGCCGCGGGUAGCAGCUCUCUUUUACCGCUCAGUUUCCUCGAACAAGAAAACGAAGCAAAUACGCAACUGUUGAUCGAAAAUUAUGGACGAAGUGCAACCGUAGAAAACUUCUCCCCAGAUUAUAAAACCCCCACUGUCUUGGUGAAGAUCAAUGGGACGGCUAUGGGGAUGAACCAACGGGAGAAUUUCACGGCCGCGGCCCUGGAAGCCAGCAACCAGACCUUCGGCGGAUAUAACUUUACCUACUUGAAUGGCGACGUGUACGAAGCUGCCAACGAGAUUGUCAUGUCCACCCCGCCACGGGAGCUGAUGGCUUCGCAAGGCAUGAGUACGUUGACAGUGACGACGUGGCUGUUCCUCGACCUCUAUCCAGAGCCGUUCAACGCAGGUUGCCUGGUGUUUCUGGCCGCGUUCUUGUCCGCAUUCAUCGGGAAUGCGAUAGCGUUGCGCUGGCGACGCGGAUCCGCCAGCGGUAGCGACUCGGAGGAGUAGAGAGGGGUCUGGUAAGAUAGCGGAGCGUGCUCGUCCUACAGUAACAGUCUACCGCAGAAAUCCAAAUCUAAUGAUCACACGGGAACAAAUCUAACGAUACGGAUGCGUGCAAGAUGUCUCCUCGGAAAUGCAUAUGUCGAACUCACAACCUUUCUCUUCACGAACAACUGGAUACGAAUUUUAGCGAAAAGAAACCCAGCAUAGGGUAGUUGCGUUCCACCACCAGUUGCGGUGUUUUGUGCAGAUACGUAUGCAAAUGCGUUUUGCGACGAAUUUCUUGACUACUUGAAAUGAACAGUGCGCGCUUUAUUCGCAGCCGGUUUCGCGUUUGGACAUUUCUUGUCUUUCAAACCAGUUUUUGGAAAUAGAAAAAGUUGCCUGCUCAUUUUCCAAAGGG